GCCCCUGCCCAGAGUGUGGGUCCGUGUCGUCCAUUCAUGCCUCCGAACCCCACCCGGCCCACGGCGAGCUCGGUCAGUGUGAGGUGAGGGUCUGUCAGAGUCGAGGGUCGAGAAUCACCCCUUAACUCCCUGGUGGGUCUCCACCAGCCACGUUUUUAGGGGUGCUCAGGAUACCCAUCACUUAGCACGACUACUGUCAGCGUAGCUUUAUUCAGGGACUCCAGGGCUUUGCAGGGCGGGAGGGGGCUGGAGACAGACCCAUGCCCUAACUGCAACCGAGCUACGGUGUUCAGGUGAGCAGGUGGCUUCCGCCUUGUUUCUUUUGACUUGGCAAAGGCCACAGUUUUCUAGUUUUCUUCCAUUAAUAGGCGUGGGGUAAUAACAAAAAAGGAAGAACUAGCCCUUUCAAGGGUUCAGGGGAGCAACAGAAGGAUGCCUGGCCGGUACUUGUGAGGACAGAGGAGUGGAGAGAAGCUGCCCAUUUAAACUUAGGAUCUCGGCUUUCGCCGCUGCUCUGCCCCGCUUGGAGGGUGGGGAGCCCAUCUAGGAACAAAAGAUCCAGAAUGGCCCGUGUUUCAAGAUGGCCAUGUGUUGUGGUGGGUGUAUCUGGGCUAGAUUUGGGAAAUCUGACCUCUCCAAUGUUAUUCCCUAGUCUUUGAGCUGCAGAACCGUUUGGACUCUAGCAUUUCUCAACAUAGUUACGCCAUGGGGUGCUUCAUUUUGGAAUAGGCAAGCUGGAGUAAAAUGGGGUCCCUUUAGGUCAGUUAUAACCCUUUGUGCGGGGAUAGAAUCCGUUUUCUCUUCGCCUUUGCUACAAGGCCACUAAGGCCUUUUCUGAGGUGCAGAGAGCCUCCUGCUUCUUAGGGCACCCCCUAAGAAUAGCUUUCAUUUCUCAGGAGAUGCCCAAAAAACUUGUUUUCAUUGUGCUUCCUUCUUCCUGGGCCACCCCCCCCGCCUCGCCCCAGCUGUCAGGGCCAGAGUGGGCAGGAGGAUGCUUUCCCGGCCUCGUCAUGGAGCUGCGCUGCGGGGGACUGCUGUUCAGUUCUCGCUUUGAUUCAGGGAACCUAGCCCAUGUGGAGAAGGUGGAAUCUGCAGCUAGUGAUGGGGAAGGGGCGGCAGGUGGGGGGGCAUCAGCCCCCAGCAGUAGCAUCGCCUCUUCUCCUGACUAUGAGUUCAACGUGUGGACCCGUCCAGACUGUGCUGAAACUGAAUUCGAGAAUGGGAACAGGUCAUGGUUCUACUUCAGUGUCCGGGGAGGAGCUCCAGGGAAACUCAUCAAGAUCAACAUUAUGAACAUGAACAAGCAGAGCAAGCUGUAUUCCCAGGGCAUGGCCCCCUUUGUGCGCACGCUGCCCACCCGGCCACGCUGGGAACGCAUUCGAGAUCGGCCCACCUUUGAGAUGACAGAGACGCAGUUUGUGUUGUCCUUUGUCCACCGUUUCGUGGAGGGCCGUGGGGCCACCACCUUCUUCGCCUUCUGCUACCCCUUCUCCUACAGUGACUGCCAGGAUUUGCUAAAGCAGCUAGACCAGCGCUUUCUGGAGAACCACCCUACCCAUAGCAGCCCCCUGGACACCAUUUAUUACCACCGUGAGAUUCUUUGCUAUUCUUUGGAUGGACUUCGUGUAGAUCUGCUAACGAUCACUUCCUGCCAUGGGCUUCGAGAGGAUCGAGAGCCCCGUCUAGAGCAGCUAUUUCCUGAUACCGGCACCCCCCGACCAUUCCGAUUCACAGGCAAGAGGAUAUUCUUCUUAAGCAGUAGGGUGCACCCCGGGGAGACUCCAUCUAGCUUUGUCUUCAAUGGCUUUCUGGACUUCAUCCUUCGACCUGAUGACCCCCGCGCCCAAACCCUGCGUCGCCUCUUUGUCUUUAAGCUGAUUCCCAUGUUGAACCCCGACGGUGUGGUCCGGGGCCACUACCGACUCUGCCUCAGUCUGUUUUCCUACAGCACAGACUCACGUGGAGUGAACCUGAACCGUCAGUACCUGAAGCCCGAUGCAGUCCUGCACCCAGCCAUCUAUGGGGCCAAAGCUGUGCUUCUCUACCACCAUGUGCACUCCAGACUGAACUCCCAGAGCCCCUCCGAGCACCAGCACAAUCCUCAUCUCUCUCCCAAUGCUCCCCUCUCUGACCUCAAGAAAACCAAUAAUAUCCAAAACGAAGCUCACCUUGGGCACGCACCUAAUGGGGAUCACCCCGAAGGCUGGACGCAGACCGAGUCCGCAGAACAGAAGCCCAGCGGCGUGUGGAUUCUGCCACACCAGUCCGCCGAGGGUGCGCAGCCAGCCGCCGAUGCCAUCCCUCCCAGAGAGAGUGGCGUGGCUUACUACGUGGACCUGCAUGGACAUGCUUCCAAAAGGGGCUGCUUCAUGUACGGAAACAGCUUUAGUGAUGAGAGCACCCAGGUGGAAAAUAUGCUGUAUCCAAAGCUCAUCUCCUUGAACUCAGCACACUUCGACUUCCAGGGUUGCAAUUUCUCAGAGAAGAACAUGUAUGCCCGAGACCGCAGAGAUGGCCAGUCUAAGGAGGGAAGCGGCCGGGUUGCAAUCUACAAAGCCUCAGGGAUAAUCCACAGCUACACACUUGAAUGCAACUACAACACUGGACGCUCCGUCAACAGCAUCCCUGCUGCCUGCCAUGACAACGGGCGGGCCAGCCCCCCUCCCCCGCCGGCUUUCCCCUCCAGAUACACUGUGGAACUGUUUGAACAGGUGGGCCGCGCUAUGGCCAUCGCGGCCCUGGACAUGGCAGAGUGCAACCCGUGGCCCCGGAUUGUGCUGUCAGAGCACAGCAGCCUCACGAACCUCCGCGCCUGGCUGCUGAGACACGUGCGCACCAGCCGGGGCCUGAGCAGCACUGCGAACGCGGGCAGCAGCAAGAAGAGAGGCGUUCGAACUCCACCCAAAAGUAACAACGGCUUGCCGGUGUCCUGCUCCGAAAUGCCCUUGAGCCGCGCGCGCAGCUUUAGCACCGGUACAGGCGGCGGCGGCGGCCCACAGAACUGUCCACAGAUGAAGAACUCCCCCAGCUUUCCUUUUCAUGGCAGUCGGCCCUCGGGGCUGUCAGGCCUGGGCUCUAGCACUCAAAAGGUCAGCCACCGGGUGCUGGGCCCCAUCAGAGAGCCCCGAAGCCAGGACAGGAGACGGCGGCAGCAGCCACUGACCCAUCGCCCUACUUCAAGCAGCAUGGCCCCAUCCUCAAAUCCUGCCAGUUCUAGCCCGGCAGCCUCACAGAGCAUGGGCCCCUGCCUACUGCCCAGCUCACUCAGUAUAUCAGGGAGCAGCUGCUCACUCCUGUCCUCAGGGGACAAGCCAGAGGCUGUCAUGGUGAUUGGGAAAGGGCUGCUAGGGACUGGACCUCGGAUCCCCUGUAUCAGGACACGACUGCAGACCUGCCCGAGGAGAGUUCCCGCCAGGAGGGGUCCCGGAUUCCCCAGGCUAGGCCCAGGUUGGGCCGGGGCUCACCGCCGACUCGCAGAGGGAUGAGAGGCUCUUCGGGCCCCACAUCCCCUAUGCCCCGGACCAGGGAGAGCAGUGAGCCGGAGCCGGGACCCAGCUCUGCACCAGG